GUUUAGAUUCUGCAUGUAGUUUUAUUGAUAUAUGGACAAGCUUCAAAGUGCGAUCAAUAGAUUGUCUGCAUUUGGCCUCGCAGAUGAGCUGGAGGCUCGAAAGGUCGCUACAGAGCUCGAACUUGUGUCGCAGCAUCUUGCUGCCCAUCCACUUGGAUUUUCUGAAGAACUUAUGUGCCAAUGUAUCGAUCUAGUUGAAGAACUUCCUAGGGCUUCCCUUGCUACGAGAGCAUUAGUAAUGCUUCUAGCCAAUGCAUGCCUCAUCGAUGAGAAUCAAUCCCUUGCUUCUCGGUUUGGUCUUCCCUCCUUGUGUGUGGUAGUGCUUCAAUCUCAAGCACAGUUAUCGAAUGAAACUCUCUUUUAUAUGUUUGAUCUCAUGAGUACCCUUUCCUCAAGAGAAGGAAGUGCUAGGAAGUGUCUUCGCCCUGGGAUUCCAUAUGUUUUGGAAGCUAUGAAGCAGCGAAUGAAAUCACUAGAUGUUUUGUUCGGCGGUUGCUUUUUAUUAAGCAUCAUGACAAUGCUAGAUGAAUCAAAUUGCGAGCUUACAGUCGAACGUGGCGGAAUGCAGGUCAUGGUUAAUUCCUAUCGACAUGCUUUGGAGCGUUUAUCAGAAUUGACUUUAAAGCAAAGAAAUACAGCAGGAUUGGGAAAAUCAGAAAUGAAAAGCAUCUUAGCCCAUGUUGAGAAGGAAAGGCAUACUGAAAAUGAGCAUCUGUGUAAAGGUAUUCUUCGAUGGAGCAAAAACACUCUUCGAAAUUUGUGUCACGUUGAUAGUCCGAUAAUUGAUGAUACAUUAGCGACCUUAGAUUAUGGACGAUACGGAUCGAGUAUCGAAAUGGAUGAUCUAAAGUGGACUCUCGUGUUCGAGCGCAAGAAUAGGAGAAGCUCAAUUAAGCCGUAAGUGUGCAAUCAUGUGUGUGCUAGCUUACUGUGUUUAGUCUAGAAGUAGAUCACUAUUCACAAAUUAGAAUUGUCUGUCUGAAAAGCUCAUAUUUAUAUUUUGGUAUGCAAAUUACUUGUAUAUGUUUAUAUAGCAGUUGCUAUUGAACUAA